UACUUCCUUGAAGGGUGGCGCACAACUUUCAGGAAACAAGUGUGAAAGUAAAUCCCCAUAUCAAGCUGGGCAAUUUGCGGACUCCCUGACCGACACGGACCCUUGGGUGGCACAAACGCGGAGAUGGAGUCGAGUGCUUACGGAGCAUCGCUGGCUGGGGGAGCCUUUGACUUCUGGAGCUUUAUAAAACAAACGCAAACUAUCGUCCGGCUGUUCUGUUGGCUCUUCUCCAUUGUGGUAUUUGCUACCAUCAUCAAUGAGGGCUACGCAAAUCAUCAUGAAGGAGGUGACACUACAUGCAUGUUCAAUGAGAACGACAGUGCUUGUAACUACGCAGUCGGUAUUGGAAUUUUAGCUUUCCUGGCCUGCGUUGCGUUUAUUGUGCUGGAUGCCUACUUCCCGCAGAUCAGCAAUGCCAAAGACAGAAAAUACAUCGUCUUGGGUGAUCUUGUUUUCUCUGGUGUGUGGACGUUUCUGUGGUUUGUGUGUUUCUGCGUCCUGGCCAAUUUGUGGUCAAAAACGAAUGCUGUAACAUUGCAAGUCCCAGCCGAUGCCGCUCGAGCAGUGGUGGCCUUCGCCUUCUUUUCCACGGCCACCUGGGCUCUGCUUACUGUGCUCGCAUUUCGACGAUACCGCCUGGGCAUGGAUGAAAUUGGCAUAGGAUACAAUGACCCGGCCACUGACCACACGUCUCCAUACCCGUCUUCGUACCCAGGUGGUCCCGAUGGUUACCAGCAGUCCCCCUUCACCCCAACUACAGUUGGAGAGGGAGCAUAUCAGCCUCCUGCUUACUGAUUUCAACACUUCCAUAGGCUCGCUUGUGUGGACCCAUCCACACGCUCCGCUCGCCUUUUUCAUUUUUCCAUAAGAGUUUAAGUUGUGACCUGGGGUUGACACUUGGUGUGCUUUACUAGUUUGUAUCUUUAUGUUGGAGAAAGUUAUUUAUAUUUUAUUUCGCUUGAAUGUAAACAUACAGCCUGGGUGCAAAAUGUUUCAAUGCUUUGGCUACACUCUUAAAAAAUUCUGGGUUGUGUCAACCCAAUGUUUGGUCAAAUAUAGAUUAAUUUAUGUUGAAUUUAAAUUUACCUGUUGGGUUUGUCCAUAUUUGGGCCAGCAUUGGGUUAAAACUAAAAACUGUUGACUCAACUUAAAAUGAUAAUUUAACUUGCUCAACUUAAAUCGAGUCAAGUGCAGUACCUGGGUUAAAAGUUGAGUCAACUUCAAAAUAGCUGCACAGCAAGUUGCCUUACAAUUUUAAGUUGAGUCAACUUUUUAUUUUACAGUGUACCCCACAUUUCUUUGACUCAACUUAAAAUUGCAAGUCAACUUGCUCAACUUAAAUUGAGUCAAGUGCAGUACCUGGGUUAAAAGUUGAGUCAACUUACAAAUAGCUGCGCAGCAAGUUGCCUUACAAUUUUAAGUUGAGUCAACUUUUUAUUUUACAGUAUACUUCACUUUUUUGACUCAACUUAAAAUUGUAAGGCAACUUGCUCAACUUAAAUAGAGCCAAUUGCAGUACUUGGGUUAAUAGUUGAGUCAACUCAAAAAAAUAGCUGCCCAACAAGUUGCCUUACAAUUGUAAGUUGUCAAUUUUUUUUAUUUUACAGUGUACCCCACAUUUUUUGACUCAACUUAAAAUUGUAAGUCAACUUGCUCAACUUAAAUUGAGUCAAGUGCAGUACUUGGGUUAAAAGUUAAGUCAACUUAAAAAUAGCUGCACAGCAAGUUGCCUUACCAUUUUAAUUUGAGUCAACUGUUGUUUUACAAUGUACCCCAUAUUUUUUUAGAGUGUAGGCUUUUUUCACUCUCACAAAUUAUUCUGACAGAUAUAUUCAACACCAGCAGUCUUUUUCUUUACAUUUGACAUAGGUUGAUCAAUUCCAUUGGUUUCCUUAAAGGUACACUGUAAAAUGUACAGUAUUACUGGCUAUUUAGGUUGCCAGUACUACUGAUAAAUUUACACGUGCACUGUAAAUGAACAAUUACAAUUGUGCUAUUGUUUUACAGCAUGAUUAUAAUUGUUCAUUUACAGUGUGCUUGUACGUUUUACAGUAUUACUGGCAACCAAUUUUUUUUAGUGUAGGUUUGUUUUUAUACUAAUAUAGCCUUUAGGAAAUAAAUCAAAGCAAUAGAAAGUGAACCGAAUGCCAUACCAUAAUGCAGUGAUUCCUUAAAAUCUCUGCACUGCCAUAUAUCAAAUUUGAAUGUUUUCUGCACUAAAUCCGCCAAAUAACUUGAUUAACGUAGUCUUACUCGGGCUGGAGUAGUUAACUGAUGAACAGUUUGAUGCUGUUAGGUGUGAAAUGAACCGAUUAACUACUGUAAACUUGUGCUUUUUUUAUUAUUUGUGACAGACGAUAGGCUUUGCGUGGAUAAGCCUAAUUUUUGAAGUGUUAAACAAUCAUUUAAUGCAAUGUUGUUGACGACUUGUAGAAGUUUACUUUAAGUUUGUGUGUUCUUGAUGCUCGGCCAAAUUCACUGCAAGAUUUCUACCUCUUGAAAAUCGUGCCUUAUUUUGAAAUUAAUAGUUAGGGGUUGAAUUAAUGACUUGUAUUUGUAUUAACGUAUUUGUGCGUUGACAAUUUUAGACCACCUUUUACUGAUUUAUUUCCUUUCAAUUUAAAAAAGAAAGAUUAGAUUAAUAGAUAAUCAAUCUAUAUUGGCCACUCUUUUUUUCUUCUUUCCUGAUGGUUGUUUUGUUUAAGGUAGAGAGAAAUGUUCUCUAUUCUCACAGCUCUGUUCUAGCACAUAAUUGCUGUCCUUCUGUUCAUUUACUUUGUAACAACAGUUAUUGCACCAAUGUCUUUUUUUAAAAAGAAGUACUGAGCAAUAAACACUUGAUUCUUUCCA